AUGGACGAUCAGAAAUAUCUCUGUGUUUCUGACUUCCAAAACCAUGAAGUAAGACGAUAUAAAAUAGGAGAUCAAAAUGGAACUAUCGUGGCUGGUGGCAAUGGCAAAGGUGCUGAUCUUAAUCAACUUAACUGGCCAACCUUCCAUUUUGUCGAUCAACAACAGACUGUUUAUGUAUCAGACAACAAGAAUCAUCGUGUGAUGACGUGGAAUAAAGGUGCAAAAGAAGGAAUUGUCGUCACUGGCGGUCAAGGCUAUGGGAGUGCUCUGACACAGUUGAACGGUGCUUUCGGAUUGUUUGUCGAUACAUUCGAAACUCUCUAUGUAGCAGACUCGAAUAAUGAUCAAGUGAUGCGUUGGCCUCAAGGAGUAACACAGGGCACUGUGACUGUGGGUGGAAAUGGUCGAGGAGAAGAAGCAAAUCAGUUCAACUGUCCUGUGAGUUAUCAAGUAAUAACAAUGACUGAAGCUUGUAAAAUUAUUUUAAUAUUUGUAUCAGCUACUGAUUCAACUGGACUAAGUUGUAAUAAACAUAUGAUGAAAAUGCGUGAUAUGGCUAUGUUAUGUAAUAAUGGUUAUGAUCAAACUGAAAAUGAUAUUGCUUGA